UCUGUCGAAUUGGCGGGUUGCUGGAGCCUUUCGUGUAGCGUUACCUUUUGUCUGCACAACCAAGGAAGCUCGGUAAAAUAAAAACAAACUCCACCUCCAGUCGACAGAUUUUAAAGAUUGUCGAGACUUAAACCCGGUCUAGCUGCACUGAACCACCUAUUUUGGCGGUUUUCGCCGUUAAUUCAGUAAUACACAGGUCACCUGAGCCCCCAUCCCCUCUAAUCCACGCUUUCACUCUGUUCAGCACUGUUGACGUUGACAAGGAACCGGAAGGUUCCACAGAGCCUCGAUGAGCAUGAGCCAACCGACAGAGACAGUUAGUGAUGCUCCCAGCGUCACCGAAGUUUCUCCAGAAAGCAAGCUGGCAGCCAGUACUGGAAAGAAGCAGACCAAGAAGAAGGUGGAGGAUGUUGUAGAAGAGGAAGAGGAGGAAUAUGUGGUGGAGAAGGUCCUGGACAGGCGGGUGGUGAAGGGCAGAGUGGAAUACUUGCUCAAAUGGAAGGGCUUUUCAGAAGAAGACAACACAUGGGAACCAGAGGACAACCUGGACUGUCCUGAUCUCAUCGCAGAGUACAUGACAAAGCAUAAAAUAAAUGAUGACAAGAAAGAAUCUAGUGCAAAGAGGAAAGAAUCUGACACAGAUGGUGGUGGAGAAGAUAGUCGGCCUAAGAAGAGGAAAGAUGAGCAAGACAAGCCAAGGGGAUUUGCACGGGGUUUAGAUCCAGAACGCAUCAUUGGAGCCACAGAUUCCAGCGGGGAGCUCAUGUUUUUAAUGAAAUGGAAAAACUCUGACGAGGCAGAUCUGGUUCCAGCAAAGGAGGCCAAUGUGAAGUGUCCACAGGUGGUGAUCUCCUUCUAUGAAGAGCGGCUAACAUGGCACUCGUACCCUUCAGAGGAAGAAGAGAAGAAAGAUGACAAGAACUAGGCUUGGGGCAAGUCAGAGCAGGCGUCAGGCUUAUUUUGCUGUGUUUUUCAGGGUGGGUUUGGGACAAGUUUCGAGUUGGGGGAAAGAAAAAAAACACCCAAAAUCACUCUAACUCUCAAUACCAUAAAACCUGGACUCAUAUAUUUUAGAGCACGAUAUGUGGAAGUGAAGUCAUCUUAUGCAGGCAAAAGCGAAUGUUGUGUCAGAAGACUGGCCAACAGAUGAAACGCAGGAUCACUGUUUUCCCUCUUUGCUUCUCUGUCUGGUUGAUUAUGGGAAAUGGGGUGUGUAUAUGCUGCAGUAGUUGCUCAGUUGUCAUUCCCGGAUGACGAAAAUGAAUUGAACUUGCGAUGGGUCAUCUGUGCGUAUCUCUUUCCUUCUGUAUUUUUCUGAUAAGAGAUUCGAAGGACAUUCAAGUCACUGUGUAAUACGCUUCCCUAAAUGAAAACUCAGUAAGUACGCGACACUGGAAUUAAAAAUGAUCGAUACAUAAUUUGAUUUAAUCUGAUAUCAGUGUCCACACUCAAUUUAAGUAGUUUUUGCUUAAGCUUUGAGUGUGUGUAGUUGCUGUGUUUUGUCUAUGUAGGGCAGUAUGACCUAAUUUCUCAAGCCUUCGCAUUUCAUUUCCAUCUCAUCUUUUGAGAUUUUCUCUGUCAUUUUUUGUGUACAUACAUUUCUAAAAACUGUUGUCACCUUAUUAGUGAGCAAAUUGCUGUGUUUUGCAGUUGCUGUUUUAGCAGUAUUUUUGAAUUUGUAUUCAAGUAUAUAGUAUUCUUGUCUUAUGUUCACCACUUGAGGAUAUAUAUUGCAUAAGGGGAGAUAUAUAUAUUCACAGCCUAGUAAAACUGCGUUUCCCAUAAUCUCAUAUAAAUUCUUAUUUUUAACUAAUAACUGUCUUUGUAUUUUAUCUGUCACAUUGCUGUGUGAAGAGGAAAUCUGCUCUUUAUAUCCCAGCUUCUCUGACUGAUUUUUCAGGGUUUUUAGGCUGAUCAAAAGUGCUAGUCUUGACUCGUAAAUACUUCUGAAAAAAUUGACACACUUUACUGUUUUACCCUCUUUGGUGGUGCUCAUGAAGUCGAAUGUACUACACAGCUUUAAGGCAUCUUUUAUAUCAUGAACAUUCAAAGGUGUAGUGAAAAGUCUCGCUAACAUUGCCGUGCUACAGAUCAGGUCUCUCAGUACUACCUUUGCACCAGCAUAAUGUAUCGACUAUAUAAAGUUUUUUAAAAUGUUAAUGUCUGCAGUUGGUUGAAAAAGUGCUCAGAUCACUGGAUACUGUGUUUUUUGCUAAUUAAGGUAUUAAUAGUGACACUGCUAUUUGCUGCGUAUCUGAGGAGCCGUGAAGUACUUUGUCCUGCACAAUCAGUAAUGUGACUGCAUUAUACUCCUUUCUGAUGGACUCUCUGUUUUCUCUUUUAAAGUGUACUGUUUGAAGCAUGUUACUUCCUUUCAUUUUCACCUUUUCAAGGGGGAGACAUUUAUUUGUUCAUUACAAAAUAAACUUUUUUUAAUUAAA